CCGGGCCGGGCCGAGCCGCGCCGGGCGGCGGGAGCUGCGCCGCGUCCGCACCGGGCCACGCCUGGGGCUGCGAGCGGGGCACCGGCACCGGCACCUCCCGGCCACGCCUGCGGCUGCGAGCGGGGCACCGCCACCGGAACCCGCACCGGGACCGAGACCCCCGACUCACGCCUGGGCUGCGAGCGGGGCACCGGGACCGGCACCAGCACCGGGACAGGGGCACUCCCGGGCCACUCUUGGGGCCGCUGCGAGCCGGACACCGGCAGCGGGACCGGGACCGGGACUUCCGAGCCACGCGUGGGGCUGCGAGCCGGACACCGGCCCCGGGAGCCGCUCCCGCGCCGGGACAGCCAGCCGCUCCUCUCCACGCUGUGCCAUCCAACCAGGUGUCCCCAUGGAGUGACCCUGCCCAGGGGUCCCGGCAGCUGUGCCAGCCCGGGGGGACGCUGGCUGCCACCACCACCAGCAUGAGUGACUUCUGGCACAAGCUGGGCUGCUGCGUCGUGGAGAAGCCCCAGCCCAAGAAGAGGAGGAGACGGAUUGACCGCUCCAUGAUUGGGGAGCCCAUGAACUUUGUGCACCUGACACACAUCGGCUCCGGAGACAUGGCUGCAGGAGAGGGGCUGCCCAUGACUGGUGCUGUCCAGGAGAUGAGGUCCAAGGGCGGCCGGGAGCGACAGUGGAGCAACUCCCGUGUGUUGUAGCGUAUUCCUGUCUUUUUCAGCCCAAACUUGAACUGCCUGAUCCCCCCGCUGGAGGAGAAGCCUUCCUGAAGUGCUUUAACCCCGCGGUAUUUAUGCAGCACCAUCCUCACCCAGCUCCCGGUGACUUUGGGUCGUCAUCCCUCUGGAAAAUCCCUCCUUGCUGGAGGCACUGGCUGGUGACACGGGGAGGGAGCAGGGACAGCAGCCCCCAGCUCCUGCCCCACCUGGAAAGGACACAGCCACCCCCCUGAAACGUGCCAGGAGCUGCCAGGCGCAGCCCACGUGUCCCAAAUCCUCCCAGUUUUCCCUUUUCCCACUCCUGUGUCUCCCAUGGGCUGCAUGGUGGUGCCUCAGUUUCCCCAGGGAACCAGUCAUGGUGCAGAGGCAGCUUUGAUGCCUCCCAGAACAUCACAGAGGAGCAAAACCAGGAUUAAGCCCCGAUAUUCUGGUGCUAAACCAGAGUUAAACCCAAGAUGUUCUGGUGUCAAACCAGGAUUGGAUGUCAAACUGGGAUUAAACCCCAAUUCUUUGGAGCAGAA